CCACACAGCAUUGCUUAGUUGUAUUCCCUGUGUGUAGUACCAAACGGUUUGAACGCUAACCAGCUCAGCCUGGUUAUGUUAGCUAACGCUUUCUGGUUGCAAAUUACAUUACAAACGUCUGUCGUAUUAUCUUUAUCAUAACGUCCUUCAUUUAUCGUCCAAGACGUUUUUGCAGUUGUCCGAUUUGUUUAUUUCAGUUUAGCAACAUAGCGGAGCUUGCUAAAUCAAGGUUGUAGCAACUGUAUCAAGAAAAACGCUAGUAAAACAGCGGCUGCGAAUCCAUCAACUUUUCUGUAAAGGAAUAGGCUAGCUACAGAGCUCGGCGUCAAGAUGUCAGAAGCUGCAGAUUCAAAGAAAAGGACCAGAAAACACUACGGGGCCCCAAGGUACAAGAAACAGAGAAUUGCACGGGAGCUAGAGGUGGGCAUGAAAGGCAUCCUUAUCACCUGUAACCUGAACGAGCGGAAAUGCACCGCGGAGGCCUACAACCUUCUCAACGAGUAUGCAGAGAACCUCUACGGUCCGGAGAAAUUUUCUGAAAGGGAGGAGAGCGGCAGCGAGGAAGACGAGAAAGAGGAUGAAGAUGACGCUGAAGCAGCCCUGAAGAAGGAGGUGACGCAGAUGCGCGAGUCCACCAAGAAGGGCAAGAGGCGCUUCCAGGCCAUGGACAGCGGAGCCAACAACGUGGUGUUUAUCCGCACACAGAACCUAGAUCCCGACAAGCUGGUGCACCACAUCCUGCAGGACCUGCACGCCACCAAGAAGAAGAAGACGAGGGUCAUCCUGCGCAUGCUGCCCGUCUGCGGCACGUGCAAGGCCUUCCCCGAGGACAUGGAGAAGUACCUGGACGACUUCCUGGAGCCCUGGUUCAAGGCGCCCGCCCAGGCCACCUACCAGAUCGCCUUCAAGGCCCGCAACAGCAGCCACAACAAGAGGGACGAAGUUAUCAAGGCCCUGGCAGCUCUGGUAGGGAAGAUGAACCCCAAGAACAAAGUAGACCUCACCAAUCCUGAGCUCACCAUUAUUGUGGAGGUGAUCAAGAGUGUGUGCUGUGUGAGCGUCGUUCGGGACUACAUCCUCUUCCGGAAGUUCAAUCUGCAUGAGGUGGUGAAGGACGACGCUGGCCCCAACCCGGGAUCGAAAACGUCCCCCGCAGCAGCAGCGGCAGCGUCCUCUGACACCGGCCCGGAGCCGUCGGAGACGAAAGGCACGAGCGAGCGCGCUGAGGCGGCAGGGCCCAGAACGGAAGCUACCGGAAACGGAAACACAGAGGGGGAUCUGAAGAACGCAACCCCGGCCGAGUGAGGGGGCGGGCAGGGGGUGUGUGACUCGGGCAGGGAGGACUGGGGGCUUGAGCAGGGGGAUGGUGUACUGGGAUGUUGUCCACUGGACCUGGGUGGGUCUUCCUAAAGUGUUGUUGCGCAACUACUAUGGUGUGGUAGGUGGUGGCACCGGCACCGGCACCGGCACGAUCAGGAAAUGCACCUCUGGUUUGGGCUCCCGUGCGGUACGUUUGGUGGACAUCAGUGCCCUGUGGUAGCCAAUUGUUUUAUUUUGUUGAUUUGGUCCUGGUUUUUAUUUUGUGUUGGGUGUGAGGUGUUUUGUUUUAUUUCCCAGUCUGCUUGUUUUUAUUUUUUUUAUUAGAUUUGUAUUUUGUUGAGUGUUCUACCUGCUGAGUACAGCCGUCGGCCACAACAGGAGGGUGGGAAGUUAACUGGUGUGCUUUUGUUUUCUAUUAAACCAUUUAAUGCUUGUUUUGCUUAAACUGUAACCAACAACAAGACAAAAUGGCCACUUGAAACUGAGUAAUAUGAAUUGACUCUUCCAAGACUGUCUUGUUUUUUAGCUUUAAGAAAAUACUUGUAUUUUGACCUACAUUUUUGUAAUGGUAAAGUGUACUUUAGCCGUCACAGGACUUUGGUCUGUUGUGUAGAACCCUUAACAUCAGGUAGUUGAAUGACCGUACUAAAAUGCAGGGUGUGUCAUUUUCAGUCAGGUUUUUAAAAUAAACACAUUCUUUAGAGACCGUUA